AUGGCUCGAUUGAUUCGAAGCGAUAUUAGACACAUAUCUAAUGCGGCUAAUAACGCGGACUCGUUCCGAGUAUUAAGAGGCCGUGUGAGUGUUACAAAGAUAGCUCCGGAUGCACGAUUGAUGCCGUACUUGGAGCUAGCCGGAUUUAGGUCAUUAGCAUUGAUCCGGUCCUCCGACUUGCGCUUUGAUUUAUUAUCUGCGCUAGUGGAGCGGUGGCAUCUGGAGACCCAUACUUUCCAUUUUCCAUGCUGGGAGUGCACAGUGACCUUGGAGGAUGUUGCAGUGCAGCUUGGGCUCCCAAUUGACGGGAGUCCCGUAACGGGAGUAUCUUCAUUCACUGAUCCGGCUGCAGUUUGCUAUCAACUCCUGGGAGAGUCACCAGAGGACGGUGAUAAAUAUUUUUUCGGCAUAAAAUUUACAUGGCUAAAAGCCAAUAUUAGACAAUUAUCAGCGACCGCCACUAAAGGUGAGUUGAUGUGCGCUGCUCGAGCGUACAUCAUGCAUAUGAUAGGGGCAGUACUCAUGCCUGAUGCAAACGGCGACAGUGUGCAUUUGUCGUACUUGCCCCUACUAGCUGAUUUGUCCACUGCUAGGUCGUAUAGCUGGGGUUCUGUUGUUCUAGCAACGCUGUACCGGGAGCUUUGUCGGGCGACAGAGCCGCAAGUUAAAGACAUCGACGGAUGCCUCAUACUGCUGCAGUCAUGGGCGCUUUAUCGGAUGCCGUUUUUGGCACGCGUUAGUCACCAACCCUAUCUGUAUCCACUGCCACUCAGGUGGACCACCCGUCCAGGCAUCGGGAAGUCGUGUGAUGUCCCGAUAUACCGACUGAGGAUUGAACAACAUGCCUGGGAAGGGAUGGUUAUGGCUACCGACCUGCAACCAUCAUUGGAGUAUACCACGGCUCCAUUGUGCGCAACCAUUGUCGGAAAGAUGUGUUUACCUGCCCCUCCAUGUCACUAUCAAGUCGGAUCAUUCCUUGCCGGAAAAUAUGUGGCUCUAACUCUCUGCAUUCUUAUAAUCUUUAUGAAAGUUAGACGCAAUGUGACGAAUGCAGUAAAUGGAUCUCCACGGCACACCGGAACGCCUAAUAGCUGCAAUUAA